GCGGUGGCGAACGGUCUCGGUGAGUUUAACUCUCUCAUUCACCUGGCCGAGCGAGAACUUCUCGUCUGUGGCCGCUGUCAGGAACUUGACACUUUCGGCCUGGCUCGGGGUCCUCGGAGUUCGUCAGCCCGGACUUCGGGGUCCCGGGCACUGCUGGGGGCGGCGAAGCAAGCCUGAAGUAGGGAAGGUGGUCGCUGCCGAGGACAUGCCGGGAGCGGAGUAGCCGUGUCAUCCAGAGCAGCACGGUACAGAGACUCCAUGGUUGAAUGUCUGGGUUCUCCAGAGGCAUCGGCCCAGUUGGAGUCCCCUGGGAGAGUUUUCCGUCCGUCCUAAACUAAGCCGAAGCUUGGCGCGGACUACAAAUCCCAGCACGCACUGCACGGAUCUCUUGAGCUUGCACAAAGACUUAGACAACCGUCACUCCCGACGCGCCUUCUGCGACUCUGCAGGAAUCAGAGUUCCGGGACCAAAAACUACAACUUCCGACUUGCAUGUCAACAGCAGCUGCGCCAGUUAAAAAGCGUCAGAGAGGAGGUGCCUGGCCCGCCUCUCUCUACCAGUUCCGCUCCUCUCAGACUGGCGGUGAGAAAGCGGGGCGGAGCGUCAGGUCCGAGCCAAGAUGGCGGCUGCGAAGCCAACCCCUACGGAGUCGCUCUCGUUCUGCCUCGCGCAGCUCACGGCGGCGGCCGGGGAGGGUCUGGGUGGGGAAAAGGAUACAGCUACCAACGAGACACCCCUGGGCCGUGCGCUCUUAUCCCUCCGCACGCGUCACGUCAAGGCAGCGGGGGGAAUCGAGCGCUUCCGGGCACGCGGCGGGCUCCGCCCCCUUCUCGGGCUGCUACGGCGAGCAGCUGCAGCGGGCCCCGCCCCGCCUCAGGAAGGCUCCGGCUCCGCCCCCUCGACGGUCUCGUCAACGGUUUCUGCUGCUCCCACCCCCACAUCGGGCUCCGCCCCCUCCGCUGCGUCGUCGUCGACGUCUUCGCCGCCAGUGCGCCUGCGCAAGACUCUGGACUUGGCCCUUAGCAUCCUUGCCAACUGCUGUACGGAAGGGGCGUGCCGGGAUGAGGUGCGCAGACUCGGAGGCAUUCUCCCUUUGGUGACCAUUCUUCAAUGUGUGAAGACAGACAGCAUCCAGAACCGAACAGCCCGUGCCCUGGGUAACUUAGCCAUGGAACCUGAAAGCUGUGGGGACAUUCACUCUGCUGGCGCUGUCCCCCUGCUUGUCGAGAGCCUGACGGCCUGCCAGGACUCGCAGUGCCUGCAGAGUGUGGUGCGCGCCCUCCGCAACCUGGCGGACUCGCCCCAGCACCGCCUGGCCCUGGCACAGCAGGGAGCAGUGCGCCCGCUGGCUGAACUCCUGGCCGCCGCCCCAGACCCUGCACUGACCUCGGCCCUAGUCCGUGCCCUCCUGGAACUGAGCCGAGGUUGCUCUCGGGCCUGUGCAGAGCAGCUAAGUCUGGGUGGGGGGCUGGGCCCACUCGUCAGCCUGGCCUCCCACCCCAAACGGGCAGUGCGUGAGGCCACCAUCCUGACCCUCGCCAACCUGUGUGCCCAGGGCCUGGUACGGCCUGCACUGGGCAAUGCUGGUGGCGUGGAGGUGCUACUAGGUGAGCUCCGGCAGCGCCGGGGCCCUGGAGGGGCCAGCCCAGCCUCCCAGCAGCCCCUGGUGCGGGCUGUGUGCUUGCUCUGCCGGGAAGCCAUCAACCGGGCCCGGCUGCGGGAUGCCGGUGGUCUGGAGCUGCUGAUGGGCCUGCUACGGGACCCUCGUGCCAGUGCUUGGCACCCUCGUGUCGUGGCUGCCCUGGUGGGCUUUCUCUAUGAUACUGGGGCCCUGGGCCGGCUACAGGCUCUGGGGCUUGUGCCCCUCCUGGCUGGGCAGCUAUGUGGUGAGGCUGGUGAUGAGGAGGAAGAAGGAAGAGAAGCUGCUUCCUGGGAUUUCCCUGAAGAGCGGACCCCUGAACGGGCAGAGGCUGGAAGCUUCAGAAGCCUCAGGUCGUGGCUGAUCUCUGAGGGCUAUGCUGCAGGCCCCGGAGACAUCUCUCCCGACUGGUCCCCCGAGCGCUGCCCGCUGCCGGAGCCCUCCGAGCCAGCCAGCCCCGCCCCAGGCGUGACCUCCCUGCAGACACCACGCACCCCACGCACCUCACGCACCCCAGGCACCCCAGGCCGUAGCCCUGGUGCUGCUCCCGAGGAGCCUUGGGGCCACGAGGGGCCGGCGCUGCUGCUGCUCUCACGCUUCUCCCAAGCUCCAGACCCCAGCGGGGCUCUGGUGACCGGCCCGGCGCUGCGUGGCCUGCUAGCCUACGUGACGGGCGCGCCAGGCCCACCGAGCCCCCGCGCGCUGCGCAUCCUGGCGCGCCUCACCUGCAACCCUGCCUGCCUCGAGGCCUUCGUGCGCAGCUACGGCGCCGCGCUCCUGCGCUCCUGGCUUGUGCUCGGCGUCGCGCCCGACGACUGGCCCACACCGCGUGCCCGGCCCGCCCGCCGCAGCCAGCACCGAGAGCUGGGUGAGAUGCUGCUGCAGAACCUGACUGUACAGGCUGAAUCACCCUUUGGGGUGGGUGCCCUCACCCACCUGCUGCUCUCUGGGAGCCCUGAGGACCGUGUGGCCUGUGCACUGACUCUGCCCUUCAUCUGCCGGAAGCCCGCUCUGUGGCGUCGGCUACUUCUGGACCAGGGCGGCCUCCGUCUUCUCCUCAGAGCACUAACCCGGCCAGCCCCACAUCCACUCUUCCUCUUCUUUGCUGCGGACUCCCUUUCCUGCCUCCAAGCGCUGGUGUCUCCCACUGUGAGCCUAGCCCUCCCACCUGCAAUAUCUCUGGACCAAGAUCUGGCCUCCCCUUGCCUCUAUGAACCUCUACUGGGCUCGGCCCCCACCCCAGCCCCUGACCUGCACUUCCUGCUGGACUCAGGCCUACGGCUUCCUGCCCGGCGGGCUGCCUCAGCUACCGCCUCCCCAUUCUUCCGGGCCCUGCUAGCUGGCAGCUUUGCUGAAGCCCAAAUGGACCUGGUACCACUUCGAGGCCUGUCACCCAGUGCAGCCUGGCCUGUUCUGCAUCAUUUGCAUGGCUGCCGGGGCUGCGGGGCUGCCCUGGGUCCUGUGCCUCCACCGGGCCAGCCCCUGCUGGGCUCAGAAGCUGAAGAAGCCCUGGAGGCUGCAGGCCGUUUCCUGCUGCCCCAGCUGGAGGAGGAGCUGGAGGAGGCUGUGGGCCGUAUCCAUCUGGGGCCCCAGGGAGGCCCCGAGUCAGUGGGUGAGGUGUUCCGCCUGGGCCGGCCCCGGCUGGCUGCCCACUGUGCCCGCUGGACCCUGGGGCCGGGGCAGUGUCCACGGAAACGGGCCCUGGCCCUGGUGGGCCUUGUGGAGGCGGCAGGUGAAGAGGUAGGGCCUUUGGCUGAGGCUUUACUGGCUGUGGUGAUGGGAGUUGAGGCAUGGGGCAAGGGUCCCAAUCUAGACUGUUGAUGCUCCCUGGGAGGGAACCCAAGGACAAGUCAGUGAUGAGAAUAGCCUCCGUCAGAGUGGUGGCAGUGAAGGGCUCCUGAUAUGGGAGAAGGCUGGGCAAUAGGAGUUGCUGUCGAGGACCAAAGAGAGGAUAGAACCAGACCCUAGGAUGAUGGUGCAAAGACCCAGGAGUAAGAAACCAAGGCCAGGGCUUGGCCCUGUGGCUCAAGAGAUGGAGAGAGGUACAGGGCCCCAGGCACCGGCCUUGUCCAGCCCUCUGGAAUUGAGAUUAAAGUCUGGAAUUGGA